CAAAUUACCGAGCUGUACUCUGCAUGUAGAUUUAUCUACUUUAAACAUCCAGUUGACCGUUCCAAAUCGUAUGGAAGGCCGGGUCAUUAUCUGACCAGGAGGACGCUACUGGUAGUGACGCCUGCCAGAAACACGGCAAAAUUUUCAAAUGCCGGAUCUUCCAACCACCAGUCCUGCUCACGAACCGGGGAAGGUGGCGGCGCAGGAAGUGGACGUGGGUCACCAACCCCGGAAUUCCCGAACGGAUUUAGAUGGCCGUGCCAAAGCGGUCCCUAA